AACAAAAAGAGGCCGAAGAACAGCCUCCUCCUCCCAUUCCUCUUUUUCUUCUUUUUCAAAGUAUUAAACCCCAACGAAGAACGACAACUGUUCUUCACGAAGUGAUCUUCAGAUAAACAAAAACGCCGAAUCACAAUGGGAAACCAGAAGCAAAAGUGGACGUCAGAGGAAGAAGACGCACUUUUGGCCGGAGUCAAUAAGCACGGUCCUGGAAAGUGGAAGAACAUUCUUAAAGAUCCUGAUUUCGCUCCCUCCCUCACUCAUCGCUCUAACAUUGACCUCAAGGAUAAAUGGCGUAAUUUGAGUGUCAGCACUGCUUCACAAGGCUCAAAAGAGAAGUCUAGGGCAGCUCCUAAAGCAAAAGCUAUCGUUGCUGCUAUUUCUAACAACCAAACCUCUGCUCCUGCUAAACCCAAUGCAUCUGCUGAUGCUGCAGGGGAUGAUACACCAAACAACAGCACACAAGAUGGGAAAAAUGUCCCAAGGUAUUAUUCAAUGAUUUUUGAAGCCCUUUCAACUAUAAAAGAUUCUAAUGGAUGUGACAUAGGUACAAUUGUUAACUUUAUUGAGCAAAGGCAUGAGGUGCCACAAAACUUUAGAAGGCAAUUGAGCUCAAAGUUGAGGAGGCUCGUUUCACAAGGGAAGCUUGAAAAGGUUCAGAAUUGCUACAGAGUAAAGAAAGACAAUUCAUUGGCAGUUAAAACUCCUACUCCUAAACAAAAAGAUGUCAGGCAACGGAUAUCGCAAUACAACACUACAGGAGGGGUGAUGCCAUCAGCAGAGACGGUGGAAGAUGCAGCGAAAGCGGCUGCAUACAAAGUGGCUGAUGCAGAGAACAAAUCUUUCUUGGCUGCUGAAGCUGUGAAGGAGGCAGAGAGAAUUGCAAAGAUGGCUGAAGAUACAGAUUCAAUGCUACAGAUUAUAAAAGAGAUGUAUGAAAAAUGUUCUCGUGGUGAAAUUAUUCUCUUGGCGUAGAUUCACUUGUAAGUUCAAUGGCCAAUCCCUUUGUUGUUCUUGGUAUCCGCAUGUAAAUUCUUCACUCCAGUGGAAUUUUCAGCUUUCUAGGCCUCCAAAUUCCACGUUGUCCUGUUUUUUCUUUUUUCUUUCUUUUUUUCGUGACAAAUCAAAUUAAUUUAUAGUCAGGUAUACACAUAUUUAUCUAAAUGUUCUUCAAAUGAACUUGUGUUUUCCAUUGGAAUUUGGUUAGACAAGAGUUAUAACAAACCAAAGUUCCCUAAGAAGAGGUUAUUCAGUUUUACUUUGGUA